CCAAUUUCUCCUCCGCAGCCUCAUCAUGGCAAAACGGCGUGCGCUAGAACCACUUGAGGAUAUCAUGGAUGCCCCUUCUCCAGCUUCCAAACGUUCACGCAUGGAAGACGAUCUACAAAGCCCAGAGCCUGUCAACGGCGCAAGCAGCAAUGGACACCUCAUGUCUCCACGCCCUCAGGACCGCGAAAGAAUAGACAUUAUCGGCGCAUAUGAGGAAGAACAUGAGGAAUUGGAAGAAGCUGGCGCAACACUGGACGCAGAGGAAGAUGGGGAGGCCAGCGCUUUCGAGGCACCAAAACGGCAGGCAGCACCGACAGAAGGAUACACCGACCUCUACCUCGACACCAUAGAUCGCAAAGUCCUAGACUUCGACUUUGAGAAGCUCUGCUCCGUGACGUUGUCGAACAUCAAUGUCUAUGCCUGUCUCGUCUGCGGAAAAUACUACCAGGGCCGAGGACAUAAAUCACAAGCCUACUUCCACGCGCUCGAGGAAGGCCACCACGUCUUCGUCAACAUGGAAACAAAGAAGGUUUAUGUACUUCCAGAGGGCUAUGAGGUCAUGUCGAAGUCGUUGGAUGACAUUAAAUUUGUCGUCGACCCCCGAAUGAGCCGAGACGAGGUAGCACGGCUGGACAAGGAGCAAAAAAUCUGUUGGGACCUUCUAAAUCGGGACUAUGUACCAGGUUUCGUUGGCAUGAACAACAUCAAGGCGAACGACUACUUUAAUGUUGUGAUUCAGGCACUGGCGCAUGUCGUCCCGCUGCGUAAUUACUUUAUGCUAGAAGACCUAUCCGCACGGCCUCAACUUGCUCAACGGUUUAGUACACUGGUGCGCAAGAUGUGGAAUCCGCGGGCGUUCAAGAGCCACGUCUCACCACAUGAACUCCUGCAGGACAUCGCCCUACGGUCGUCCAAGCGAUUUACUCUGACCGACCAGUCCGAUCCAGUCGACUUUCUCUCCUGGUUUCUGAACAACCUGCAUCUCGCCGUCGGAGGUUCAAGAACAAAACCGAACAGCAGCAUUGUGCAGCGUGUCUUCCAAGGCACGCUCAAAAUUGAGUCACAAGAAAUUACCGCACGCGCAGAUGCUGGUGAUCGCUUGCGCUUCGAAGAUGCAGCUGUGAAGACGGAGAUCACUAAAUUCUUGAUCCUCACAUUAGACUUACCAGCUGCGCCGCUCUUCCAGGAUGCCUUGGAGAGGAACAUUAUUCCACAGGUACCUCUCACGAGUAUCCUCAACAAGUACAACGGUGUGCAGCCACAAGAGAAGAUGAAGAACCGUGUCCGAUAUCGGCUCCAACAUCCGCUUCCCCCGUAUCUCCUCUUCCAUAUCAAGCGCUUCAGCAAAAACAAGUUCGUCUCGGAGCGUAAUCCCACCAUCGUCACUUUCCCGACCCGCUCCCUCGACAUGUCGGCUUACGUGGAACCAAACCCGGUGCUCUACCCGACAGGGGAGCCCGUCUGGUACGACUUAGUGGCCAACAUUACUCACGAAGCAGUGAAAAAGAAGGAUGACUCUGUGGAAGGAGAACAGGAGACCAAAGUCUGGAGAGUGCAGCUGCGAGAUCGGAGUCGAGAUGAGUGGUGGGGGAUCCAAGACCUCUUCGUUGAGAGGGAGCGAGGGGAAACGCUAUUCACAAAAGAGAGCUAUGUGCAGGUGUGGGAGAAGAGGCGUGGGAUCAGCACAAAUGCUAAGGGUAGAGGGAAAGCAUAGCGGUCCUCAGGCCUCAUUUGAUGCAUAAAUCUACGUGAUUAACAGAAUUUUCACGGAGAAGCAGCAUAUGGCUCCAGUGCAUACCGUGUAGAAAGAAGCUCUAAGAGUCGAGAUUCGCAUUUGAACUGGAACUAUAUUAACGAGGACAGGUACUUGGCACAGCGUGAACGAGAAGGCUUCAAAUUUUUGCAAGCGUGUAAGGAAUCGCUGAGUG